GUGGAAUAAACGUAAUGCUUUGUUUGUAUAGUUUUUUGUCUUUUCCAAAAUGUUUACAUAUAAAUACAUGAUAUCAACUUACUCAUAGUUUUAUAUCAUGCAUUUUGUAACUAACAAUCUUUAAGCAUAUUGUCCAAGAAAUUGGAGAGUUUUAAAGUGGACAAAAAGAAGAAGAAAAAAAUGAUUGGGUGGGAAGAUGUGUACAAAGUAAUAGUAGCAGUGGUGCCACUCUAUUUUGCACUAGUAUUAGGUUAUGGUUCCGUAAGGUGGUGGAAAAUUUUCACAAGAGAACAAUGUGAUGCAAUAAACAAACUAGUUUGUUACUUCACAUUACCACUCUUCGCCUUCGACUUCACCGCACACAUCGAUCCAUUCAAGAUGAACUUCUUGUUCAUAGGCGCGGACACUCUCUCGAAGCUAAUCAUCGUCGCGGUGAUUGGGCUUUGGGCUAAGUGUAGUAGCAAGGGAAGUUCUAGUUGGUCUAUAACAAGCUUCUCUUUGUGUACUCUAACAAAUUCUCUUGUUGUUGGAAUACCAAUGGUGAAACCUAUGUAUGGAGCCUUAGGUGUGGAUCUUGUGGUACAAGGUUCGGUUGUUCAAGCUAUUGUUUGGCUCACUUUGCUUUUAUUUGUGUUGGAAUUUAGAAGAACGGGUUUGGAAGGUACUAUUAGGACUACUAGUAAUAGUUUGAAACCAAAGGCUAGUAGUAUUAGUAGUGUGAUGAUGGGUGAAGAUGAAGAAAGGAAGGAUUUGGAGGUGAAUAGAAUUGGUAUGGAUGUGAUAUUAGAAGAUGGAAGUAGUAAGCUUCCUUUCUUUGAAUUGAUGAAACGUGUGUGGCUCAAGUUUAUAGUGAACCCAAAUUCCUAUGCUUGUGUUGUUGGUAUUUCAUGGGCUUUCAUAUCUAAUAGAUGGAAUUUGGAAUUACCAAGCAUGGUAGAUGGAUGUAUUUUGAUCAUGUCAAGAGCUGGGACAGGCACUGCCAUGUUUAGUAUGGGUAUUUUCAUGGCACUUCAAGAGAAAGUGAUUUCUUGUGGACCAAGUUUGACUCUAUUUGGUUUGGUUUUAAAGUUCAUUGCUGGACCAGCAGCAAUGGCUAUUAGUGCCAUCGUUGUAGGAUUGCGUGGUGACGUUUUACGAAUUGCCAUCAUUCAGGCAGCAAUUCCACAAUCCAUCACAUCCUUCAUCUUUGCUAAAGAAUAUGGAUUGCAUGCAGACGUUCUUAGCACUGCGGUGAUAUUUGGAAUGAUUGUUUCUCUACCGAUCUUAGUUGCCUUCUACGCAAUAUUGGAGUUCAUUCAUUGAUUCAUAAACAUACCUUUUUGCAACUUAAGCCACAAUAUUAAGAACAACAAUUCAAAAUUUCUUCUUCAAGUUGAUCAGCUAAAAAUCCAUCAUGGAUAUCUUCAAGUGCUUGAAUUUAUUUUGAUUAUUAUGAUUUCUCUUAGGCUCCUACUCAAUUAUCACAUCAAAUGUUUCAAAAUCUUGAAACUAACUAUUCAUGUUUUCUUCAAUGUUAAACAAUUAUAUUUUUUAAUGCAAUUUUAUAUAUGAGAUUAAUUGUUAUUGAAAGUGUAUAGUUUUGCACACAUGUAUCCAAAUAAAUCAAACCAUAUGUGAUAAUGUGAAUAUGAUAUGUUGAGGAACGUCCCAAGUAAAGUUGUUAUUUUAGAUC